AUGUACCCUCGCGCAUUACGACCUUUGCGACCUUGUUUUGGCACCGUUUCCGUUCUUCGCGGCUGUUUUGGGCUUGUUGUCUCUGCUUUCUGGAUCCAAGCCAGACAUAUCGCCCAGUCUUCGCUGCGGGACGCGCUACUACUUGCGCGGCCAGUACCACUCGCGCUGCUUCUCGUGUCGAGCUGGCUGGGCUGGUGGACAUUAAACAACGGCGAGCGCAAAAGUCUCAAGCCAACGAAGGACCAUAUGUGUGCCAUCCAACACUCGACGAACCGAAGCCGAACCGCCUCUACUGAUGUCUCGGCCGUCCGUGUUUUUCGAAUCCAUUCCGCAAAGCAACGCCUGGCUCUAGUCAGCAACGGUGUCAAGAACGACAAAGUCGGGAACGGGCAGAACGGCAAUGGUAACAAGAAGGAAAGAAGACUGAGCAGAGGGUUAGCAACUUGGCAUGCGGAGCAGGGGAUGGGAGACGAGCAGGGUAUGCGUGUCAUCUGCCGGGAGCUUACUUUUUUAUUGGUCGACAGAAUCGUGACUCCGUGA